AUGGAGAAAGCAAUUAACAGGCAACGUGUUCUUCUUGAUCACCUUCGUUCUUCUAACAAUUAUGAAUCCUCUCUUUCUGCAUCUGGUUGUUUAGCUAGAGAUAGGGCGGCAUGCGCAGAUGAUGUUGUGAUUGUGGCAGCUUAUCGAACUCCGAUAUGCAAAUCAAAGCGUGGUGGUUUCAAGGAUACUCCUGCUGAUGAUUUACUUGCACCUGUGUUGAAGGCAUUGAUAGAGAAAACUAAUCUAGACCCAAAAGAAGUUGGGGAUAUUGUUGUGGGUUCGACAUUGGCACCAGGAUCUCAAAGAGCAAGUGAAUGCAGGAUGGCUGCCUUCUAUGCUGAAACUGUGCCGAUAAGGAUUGUCAACAGGAAAUGUUCGUCUGGGCUUCAGGCAGUUGUUGAUGUGGCUGCUUCUAUCAAAGCAGGAUUCUAUGAAAUUGGCAUUGGAGCUGGGUUGGAAUCCAUGACAGUUAAUUCAAGGGCAUGGGUUGGAGAUGUGAACCCAAAGGUAAAGAACUUUCUGAAAGCUCAAGAUUGCCUUCUACCCAUGGGUGUUACUUCAGAGAAUGUUGCACAUUAUUUCGGUGUGACAAGGCAGGAGCAGGAUCAGGCUGCAGUUGAUUCUCAUAGGAAGGCUGCUGCUGCUACAGCUUCUGGCAGAUUCAAUGAUGAAAUCAUCUCUGUUGCUACAAAGAUUGUUGACCCUAAAACUGGGCAUGAGAAGCCCAUAAUGGUUUCUGUUGACGAUGGGAUUCGCCCAAACACAUCAUUAGCAGACCUGGGAAGACUAAAGGCUGUGUUUAAGGAAGAUGGGACCACCACUGCUGGGAAUUCUAGCCAAGUCAGUGAUGGUGCUGGGGCUGUGUUGCUCAUGAAAAGAAGUGUUGCAAUGUGCAAAGGGUUACCUAUCCUUGGUAUAUUCAGGACAUUUGCUGUUGUUGGUGUGGAUCCUGCCAUCAUGGGCAUUGGCCCGGCUGUUGCAAUCCCAGCUGCAGUGAAGGCUGCUGGUCUAGAACUUCAGGAUAUUGAUCUUUUUGAGAUAAAUGAGGCAUUUGCUUCCCAGUUUGCAUAUUGCUGUAAGAAGCUGGAGCUAGAUCCACAGAAGAUCAAUGUCAAUGGGGGUGCAAUAGCCAUUGGACAUCCUCUGGGUGCAACAGGUGCUAGAUGUGUGGCUACUUUACUACAUGAGAUGAAGCGCCGUGGUAGGAAAUGUCGCCUCGGGAUGGUGUCAAUGUGCGUAGGUAUUCUUCCUCCCCUCUAUCUCUUGAUCGCAAUGUUUGGGAAAGUCGAUAGCAACAAUCUCUUAUCGAAGGAUUCAUGA